CCGCCCUCCACCCGCCUGCCCGCCUGCAGGAGAGUGAGCGGCGCCCGGGCCGCCCCGCCAGCCUGCCGUUCCUCGGCCGCCGUUCAGGCGCGCGCAGCGAGCGGGCGCGACUAUGCCAAGAUGGUCCUGCAGGCGCGGAACAAGCACCGGGAGGCGGCCCCCAAGCCGCCCCAGCCGCCCCGCGCCUCGCAGUCACCGCUGAGGGGGUCGCCGGAGGUCGGCGCCGGGGAGCCCGGGCCCGAGCGCGCGCUCCUGUCCCCGGGGCGCAAAGGCACUGCAGGCAGGAAGGGGGCCCGCGCCGAGUCCGCCACGCCGCCCGGCGGGGGCGGCCUCGGGGGGCGCCUGGCGGCCGGGCUGCGCGGGGCGCUGGGCCUGCGGCGCGCAGGGCGCGGCCGGACCUGGACCACGUUCCUGCUAGCUGCCUUUGCAGCGGUGUUGCACUGGAGCCAUAUAACGCACCUCUUUGAAAAUGACCGUCAUUUUUCUCACCUCUCAACCUUGGAAAGGGAGAUGGCAUUUCGCACUGAAAUGGGGCUGUAUUAUUCCUACUUCAAGACGAUUGUGGAAGCACCCUCAUUUUUGAAUGGUGUAUGGAUGAUUAUGAACGAUAAGCUGACUGAAUACCCCCUUGCUAUUAAUACCUUAAAACGUUUCAAUCUUUACCCCGAGGUAAUCCUGGCCAGCUGGUACCGCAUUUAUACCAAUAUAAUGGACUUGAUUGGUAUUCAAACCAAGAUCUGUUGGACAGUUACCAGAGGAGAAGGACUCAGUCCUAUUGAAAGCUGUGAAGGCUUGGGAGAUCCUGCUUGCUUUUAUGUUGCUGUAAUUUUUAUUUUAAAUGGACUAAUGAUGGCAUUAUUCUUCAUAUAUGGCACCUAUUUAAGUGGCAGCCGAUUAGGAGGCCUCGUUACAGUGUUGUGCUUCUUCUUCAAUCAUGGAGAGUGUACCCGUGUGAUGUGGACACCACCUCUUCGUGAAAGCUUCUCAUAUCCAUUCCUUGUACUUCAGAUGUUGCUCGUGACUCAUAUUCUCAGGACUACAAAACUUUAUAGAGGCAGCUUGAUUGCACUCUGCAUUUCCAAUAUAUUUUUCAUGCUUCCUUGGCAGUUUGCUCAGUUUGUACUUCUUACUCAGAUUGCAUCAUUGUUUGCAGUAUAUGUUGUGGGGUAUAUUGAUAUAUGCAAGUUACAGAAGAUCAUUUAUAUGCACAUGAUUUCUCUUGCACUUUGCUUUGUUUUGAUGUUUGGAAACUCAAUGUUAUUAACUUCUUAUUAUGCUUCCUCUUUGGUAAUUAUUUGGGGUGUGCUGGCACUGAAACCACAUUUCCUGAAAAUGAAUGUGUCUGAACCUAGUUUAUGGGUUAUCCAGGGAUGUUUUUGGUUAUUUGGAACUGUCAUACUCAAAUAUUUGACAUCUAAAAUCUUUGGCAUUGCAGAUGAUGCUCAUAUUGGCAACUUAUUAACAUCAAAAUUCUUCAGUUACAAGGAUUUUGAUACUUUAUUGUACACCUGUGCAGCAGAGUUUGACUUUAUGGAAAAGGAGACUCCACUGAGGUACACAAAGACAUUGUUGCUUCCGGUUGUUCUUGUAGUGUUUCUUGCAAUUGUUAGAAAGAUUAUUAUUGAUAUAUGGAGUGUCUUAGUUAAACAACAAACACAUAUAAGAAAGCACCAAUUUGAACAUGGAGAGCUGGUUUAUCAUGCAUUGCAACUAUUAGCAUAUACAGCCCUUGGCAUUUUAAUUAUGAGACUAAAACUCUUCUUGACACCACACAUGUGUGUGAUGGCUUCCUUGAUCUGCUCCAGACAGCUAUUUGGAUGGCUGUUUUGCAAAGUACAUCCUGCUGCUGUUGUUUUUGCUGUAUUAACAGCAAUGUCAAUACAAGGUUCAGCAAAUCUACAAACCCAGUGGAAUAUCGUAGGGGAAUUCAGCAAUUUGCCACAAGAAGAACUUAUAGAAUGGAUCAAAUAUAGUACUAAACCAGAUGCAGUGUUUGCAGGGGCCAUGCCCACAAUGGCAAGUGUCAAACUCUCUGCACAUCGACCCAUUGUGAACCACCCCCAUUACGAAGAUGCAGGCUUGAGAGCCAGAACGAAAAUAGUAUACUCAAUGUAUAGUCGAAAAGCAGCUGAAGAAGUGAAGCAAGAAUUGAUAAAGUUAAAAGUGAAUUAUUACAUUCUGGAAGAUUCAUGGUGUAUAAGAAGAUCCAAGCCUGGUUGCAGCAUGCCUGAAAUUUGGGAUGUGGAAGAUCCUGCUAAUGCUGGGAAAACUCCCUUAUGUAACCUCUUGGUUAAAGAAUCAAAGCCUCACUUCACCACUGUAUUCCAGAACAGUGUUUACAAAGUCUUAGAAGUUAUAAAAGAAUGACUGCUACCUGAAUUGCUGCCUACAAAGACCUACAUCAGCAGAUUAACCUCAUUGUGGAUUGUUCGUGAGACCUGAGUCCUCAGGGAUGGUUUCCCGAGUCCACUCCUGGGAGCCACCGAAGACCUGUUCUCUUUCUGCCUUCUUACCAGAGCCAAAGAACGCUCCUGGUUGGGGGAAGCCCUCGCCUGCUGGUGUUGGGAGCUGAGAGACAGCACCUCCAGCCGGGGCGCGGGCUCCCGGCCCCCAGCUGGCACCUCCCACCCAUCCUUCUUCUUGCCCAGCGUCGGCCACGGAGGUGCUCAGUGCUCUCCAGAGCCAUUGUCACUCUUUCUCAUUUGCUGGCUGACUUUUAAUUUCUUAGGCUUGUGCUAGUUUCAGAAAAUAGGGAGGCAGAUGGGAAGUUGUGGAUUUGGUGUCCUAUUUGAGCCUGGAUGCUGCAGUCCUGAAAAGUGGGAAGAGGGCAGGAGGUUGAGGAGGAUGUGGAGAUGCUCUUCUCCCUUCUCCAUGUGCAUCCACAAACAGGUAAAAAGAGUGGAAGUAUGCCCUGCUUUAUCUGCAAGUGUUUCUCAACCAAAAUGUGCUCAUCCAGUACAACCAUCAGUUAUAGUUUUUUUAAAAACAUAGUUAUUCUCGAUUUUCCAACCCUCCAGUAAUUCCCUCUCUACUAUGUUAAACCAUAAUUGUUGGAAAUUCUGUGCUAGGAAAAAACAUUAAAAUACUGUUAUAACCAUUUCAUAUAUUGAAAAACAUUAAAAUACUCUAAUUUCUUUUUUUUCAGAAGAAUCCUUUUUUAAUAGUAUUUAUUAAUGUAACUCCACCAGCCAGCCCCGAUUAUGUUUUAGGCAACUCAGUUUAGAACAGAGGCCUUGGUGGUUAAACUGCACACGCAGCCGUGAUCCCAUCUGUAGCAGCCGGUGCUGUAGAUUAUAAAUAUCUUUUAUGGCAACAUAGAGUAGUAGUAGGCUCAACACAAAUGACAAAACAGUAUUAAAGCUCAAUAUUUUAUGUAUUUUUUAGCAUUUAAAAAUAUUUUUGCUUUAUCGUGAGGAGAAUAAGGAUGGGCCAAGAAGCAGUAGAAAUAGCUUAUUAUUGCUAUGACAUUAAAAAAAAAAGUUUGGGCAGUAUUUCUAUAAAAGGAUAAGCCUCUGAAAAGGCUUGGCAGAAAAAGUGUAGUGUUAAAAUAGGUGGAUGAAAUUAUAGGGAGAAUGAAAGAGUGUUUUAGGAAUAAAGUAAUAUUGCAUAGGAGCAUUGUAUUUUUAUGAAUUUUCUGCCACUUGUUUACAUGUACUACGUAUGUUCAAUAAAAAAGAUCAUGAAAAA